AGGAAAAUGGAUCACUGGUAGUUGCGUCUAUGUACAAGGAUCUCCAUGACCUACUUGUGACAGAUCAAGCCGUCAGGAAUGAAACAGGCAACCAAAGGUAUAUUAACUCCAGGAUAAUGGCCGUAACUAUGGACCCCAAGGCAAAGAAAUUGGGAGAAAAUGUCAUCCUAAAGUUCAAAAACCUAAAGGUCUUGGCAGCAGAGAAGCGCUGUAUGUUUUGGAGUGGCCUCAGAAAAAGCUUUUCAGAGGAAGGAUGCCAUGUAGUUACAUCGGAAAGCAACUCAGAAGAAACAGUUUGCAGCUGUAAUCAUUUGACGCAUUUUGCCGUCUUAAUGGACUAUGACGGUAGCAAAAAGCUCGCCGAGGAGGACGAAACAAUUCUGAAAAUUAUCACCUACGCGGGACUGAGCCUUUCCAUCUUCGGAAUACUUUUAACAUUAAUACUUUAUUCUUGCCUCACAGAUGUUUGUCAACCUCUCUCUCAAAUUCGACUGAGUGUUUCUGUGUCCCUUGGAGCUGGACAGAUCAUCUUCCUCGCCGGAAUAAACGCCACAGAAAACAAAGCUGCCUGUGUUACAAUAGCAGCUCUGAUGCAGUAUUUCUUGAUGGCCGCUUUCUGUUGGAUGCUGAUCGAGGGAAUAUAUCUCUACUUCAUCGUUGUGAAAGUUUACAACAUUAACACCAAGAUGUUCAUGUACCACGUCAUCUCAUGGGGUCUUCCAAUGAUCAUGGUGGCCAUUUCACUUGGCAUCGCUGCUAGGAAAGAGGGGUUACAAAGCUAUACGAGUGAUAAAUAUUGCUGGCUUUCCUCGACUAAUAACCUGACCUGGAUAUUCGUCGCCUUUGUGGCUUUCAUUGAAAUUCUCAACGUCUCGAUACUCGUACGAGUCAUAAAGGAGAUGACCAAUCUGGUGCAGCCAACAGCGAAAGACAACCAUUUUCAGCAAAUACGAAUUGGUAUCAAAGCAUGCGUUGUGAUGAUUCCCCUGCUGGGUUUCACAUGGCUAUUCGGUCUCCUCUCGCCUCUACAUAAGGCUUUCGCCUACAUCUUCACCAUACUUAACUCUACUCAGGGUUUCCUGAUUUUCGCUCUACACUGUAUGCGAAACACACAGAUCAGAGAGCGAUUCAAAAGAAAGAUGAACAUCGUUUUUCCAUCCUCUAUAAAAAACAACUCCGCAAGGAAGAGCUCACGUGUCAAUCCAAGUGAGGUUGGGGAUGCAUGGGCAGUCGAAUUGCAGUAUUGUGCUGAAUUUGAAUCGAAAUCGCACUUAACUUAAAUAACUGGAUCCAGCCAAUCGGAAAUGACAGUCAAUUACUUAGUACAAUCACUCAUUUAAAAGUGAUUAGUCGCUUGCAAUCGGUCUGAGUUACAAUUUGCAGGUUAAAAAAGGUCGUUCUAACCAUCAUUGUUUAAGCAUUCAACUAGUUGUAAUUGUGACUAUAAUAACUAUUAUAACUAUUAUAAUUAUUAUAAAUAAAUAAACCAAGCUAUAAAUUAAAAUUUUUAAUGGCUCGGUAUGUUGAUGACAUGCCUUUCGAAUAAGACCACAGUCUGCGACAUACGAGGCGGAAAUUUAUGCCAGGAAAUCACGACUCGUCUUUCUUUAAAAAGCACUCUAGG